AUGGCGCCCUCUGCGACGCUCGUUGAUGAGCCUCUGAGCAUACAACCAAAGAAAGCUAUCAAAGGACCUCAUCCGCUUGACCCGCUGUCCCCAGCCGAGAUAGCUUCUGUGUCACAGAUCUUGCGUGCAGGCUUCCCGGACCACAAAGUCAUCUUUCGUGUUAUUACGCUGGCUGAGCCACCCAAAGCACUAUUAGCUCCAUAUCUCCAAGCGGAGCGGGCCAACCAGAUCCGACCAAAGAUUCCACGAAAGGCAUUCUGCCAGUAUUAUCUGAACGAUCGCCAACAAUUCCAUCAAGUAGAGGUCGACAUCGACACAGGAAAGUUGUCGAGCAGAGAGGAGCUCCCCGGAAAGCAUUCAUAUACUGAUGCAGAGGAAGGCACCAAGGCCGAAGCUGGCUGCCUCGCUGAACCCACAGUACAAGCCGCACUCAAGCAGCUUGAUCUCCCUGAAAAUGCUGUGGUUGUUGUAGAGCCGUGGACCUAUGCGCCCGAUGGUCUGGAGGACAUGUCCCAACGCAUCAUAAUGUGUUAUCUGCACAUGCGGUUAUCUCCUCACAAGGACGCAAAUCAUUUCGCGUACCCGCUUGAUAUCUGUGCCCAGAUGAACGCUGAAUAUCAGGUGACAAAGGUUUUCACAUUACCAUCAGCAGAGUCCGACCGCAUGGUAGAGUGGACCGGCACGGGGAAGAAGUUUGACCGUCGGAAGAUACACUCUUCCAGUGAAUAUCACCCUGACUUACAGAAAGAGCGAAGAACAACUACGACUCCAUAUCAGGUAGUGCAACCGGAAGGGCCCUCAUUCCACAUCGAGGGGAAUCUGAUAAACUGGGAGAAGUGGAGAUUGAAAGUCGGAUUUAACUAUCGCGAGGGUCUCACCAUCCAUGACGUUACCUACGAUGGCCGGGAGCUUUUCUACAGGCUCUCCCUCUCUGAGAUGUUCGUCCCUUAUGGUGAUCCUCGGAGUCCAUAUCCACGCAAGGCGGCUUUCGACCUCGGUAACAACGGUGCAGGAGUCAAUGCCAACAAUCUCCAGCUAGGGUGCGAUUGCCUCGGCACCAUCAAAUACUUUGACGCCUAUCACCAUACACUCUCGGGUGAUCCUUUCUGUCUACCAAAUGUGGUCUGUUGCCACGAGCAGGACGAUGGCAUCCUAUGGAAACAUACGAACUUUCGGACCAACAACGCGGUUGUGACUCACUCUCGAAUACUCGUCCUCCAAACUAUAAUUACCGUCAACAAUUACGAGUACAUUUUUGCGUUCCACUUCAACCAAGCUGCCGAGAUCAGUUACGAAGUUCAAGCCACCGGAAUCGUGAGCACGAAUCUUAUCGACAUUGGUGAUUCGGCGACAUCUGGAACAGUCGUAGCUCUCGGGGUUCUGGCACCGUUUCAUCAACAUCUCUUCAGCUUACGUAUCGAUCCAGCAAUCGAUGGUCACAAGAACUCGCUUCUCGUCGAAGAAUCCUACGCGAUCCCUUACAAAGAUCCCGUGUUUCAUAACCCGGCGGGCAUUGGCUACACGACACAAAAGACCUUCAUCGAACAUGAGAUGCCCCUUGACACAGACGUCACCAAGGCUCGUGUGUUCAAAAUGGUCAACGAAAAUGUCUUGAGCCCCGUCAACGGCGCACCAGUCGGCUAUAAGCUCGUGCCGCACAAUUCGCAAAUGUUGCUCGCACAUCCGGAUUCUCUACAUGCAAAACGUUCCGAGUUCGGCGCUCACGCAGUGUGGGUGACCAGGUAUCAUGACAAGGAGCUGUAUGCAUCAGGCCAGCAUACCAUGCAGUCUCCUGGAGGCGAGGACGGUGUGAGGUCGCUUAUCCAGAGCAGGAAAGAGGGUGUUAGAGAUGAAGAUAUCGUCAUCUGGCACACCUUCGGUACUACCCACAACCCGAGGACCGAGGAAUCGCCUGUGAUGCCCACAGAGAAGAUGAUGGUCUCACUAAAGCCGGUCAAUUUCUUCACGAGGAACCCGGCCAUUGACGUUGCAAUCAGUAAUCAGCUAACCAACAAAAGCGUUUUGGUCACAGAUGUUUCUUGUACUGGAUGUACUUAG